AUGCAAAAUAGUGGAGUGACACUUGUUGCUGAAUCGCUUCAUAUAUCGACUGCAAAGGAUAGAAACCCCAUAUAUGUCAAUAUGUCAUACUUUGGGGCACAACAAGUGUUCUAUAUCCCUGAUCCUAUUGACAAGUCAUGGAGUAUUGUGCUGUUAUCUAAUAAGUUUAAUUCUUUAACCGAUGGUGAACUAAUGGAUGAAGAAGUUAAUGUGGAGGACGAACCUUUAAGAGGUGUACAGCAAAUGUCAAUGAGGGAUAUAAUAAUAGAUGAUAGAGACCUUUAUGCAAGACAUGAUUAUGAAGAGGACCCAACAAUUGAAGAGGAAGAACACUCGAGGAAAACAAAAUUGAAGGCAAUUAGCAAGGCAAGGAAGUUAGGACAAAAGUUACAGGUUGGAUGGAAUUGUAAAGGGCAACCGAUUGACCCUAAUAGAUCUAAAUUCUCCCAUUUUAUUGGAUUUGUAACUAGAAGUACAGUGCCAAUUAGUAUAUGUGAUUGGACAAAUGUGCCUACUAAUCUAAAGGACCAUAUCUGGGAGCAAGUAGAGGAAACCUUUAAAGUGCAAGAAACGAACAAAGUCUUUGUACUUGCAUUAGCUGGACGGCAUCUCCAUGCAUUUCGUACACGAAUGAGGAAGCAUGUCUUUGAUAAAGACGGUAAUUGUCUCCCCCACCCUCCUGAGAAGUAUCAGAGAUUCAUUACUGUCACUGAUCACUGGAACGAGUUUGUAAAGCAAAGCUACGCAGAAGAGUUUAAGAAAGAAAGUGAGGCCAAUGCUGCUAGGGCAAAAGGAAUGUCGUAUAGAUAUAGGCGGUCAUCUAAGGGAUAUGCUCAGUUGGAGCUGGAAUUGAUUGCUGCCUCUGGGUCUAAUGUGACCUCUGUACCUCGACAUGUCUUAUGGAAGGCUGCUAGGGUUAAUAAGCAAGGUGGUUUUGAUGAUGAAGGAGUUCAAAAAAUAGUUGCUGAAUUUGUGGGUAUGGAGGCUGAGUCUGAAUCAACGGCCAGAAACGACAUAUUGGGUAAAGCUCUUGGUGUAAAAGAACAUCCUGGUCGUGUAAGAGCUGCAGGUUUUGGAGGUUGCAUUCGGCUCAACAGCUUCACAUCCACACCCAUCAUCUACUGA